AUGAAAUCGAUAAAAGUAUCAACUUUGCUUGUUAAUUUAAUCCUAAUCUUAUCUUUAGCCACCUUUAUCGCACAAAACUAUUCGUUUAUUUCCAAAUUGACCUUCCAACUCAAAAUUUUGACUGGGUGGUGGAAAAAGGCUCUCUCAUCUUUAUCGAAGGCAACACUCGGCUCAACAGGAACGGCGGCCCUUGUCAUCUUGGCUACAUCCCUAUUAGUGGGAGUAUACUCGAAUUUUAUCAAUAUCAAUCAAAUUAAGUUUGGAUUGGAACAACUAUUCCCUGGGUCAAUUUCUUCUUCAUUAAUGCAAUCGAGAUUUCGCAACACGAAGCGGACUAAAGAGUAUCGCUUUGCUAUAAAGAAUGGUGGGUCCGUUGGUGGUAUUGCCAACGAUGGUAACACGUGCUUUAUGAACUCCGUUAUACAGCUGUUGGCAUCAUCUACAUCACUUUUGAAGUUUAUCGAUGGAUAUUUGUAUGAAGAAGUACAAUUGGAAAAUGGAGAAAUAGUUAGAACCAAUCAAGUCAAAAUGGGUCUCGAUUUUACCCGUGCUUUGAAAACAUUACUAGAUGGUGUAAAUGGACGGUAUGGCACCAAAGGAAAGGAGUUUUCUACUAGAAACUUGCUUCAAAAUAUGCCAAACGGCCCAAAGCAGAACUUUUUCCUGGGUUACAACCAAGAAGAUGCCCAAGAAUUUUAUCAAUUAGUAUUUGAAAUCCUCGAAAAAGAGCAUAAGAAAUUGGAUCAAAAGAAAAAUCCUGAUAUCAGUAAUGAAAAAGAAUCUGAAGUCAGUGACUUGGAAAAAUAUGUUGAUCGUAACUCUGUACAAAAGUUUGUUUAUGGACUUGAGAAUCUUGGGUAUAUUGGUUCAGUAUACGUGCCGGCAGUUCAAGUCGACCCAAACACUAAUGACCUCAACAAAUACCUUCCAUUGGACUUAAUUACACCUGUAGAUGGAAUCACCGUUGAGAGAGUUGGAUGUCUCACAUGUGGUGAACAUGGAGGGAUACGUUAUGCAGUGAACAGUGGGCUUUCAUUGAACCUUCCUAAUACUCAACAAGCUACUUCCUAUCAUUCAUAUGAUUUGUACGACUUAUUGGAUGAAUGGAUAGCUCCUGAAAUUAUUGAAAACGUAAAUUGCAAUAGGUGUGGACUCGAACAAACACAAGAAUUACUUCGUGGAAAGGUCGAAGAGACACCUUCGUCCAACGAAAAACUUGCAUCCAUGUACCAGAGUCGUAUAGAUGGGAUUGUGUCAGAAUUAACUAAGAACUAUAUAUCGGAUGAAGUUUUCGAUAAAUUAACGAUAAAGCAAAUGAUUAGGAAGACGAAGAAAUCAAAACAGAUUCUAUUCAGUAGACCGCCUGCAUUGUUGUCCAUGCACAUUAAUAGAUCUGUUUUCGAUCCUAGAACUUAUCAAAUUGUCAAAAACGGCUCACACGUAACUUUCCCAGUAGAGUUGGAUUUAUCUAAGUACACUGCUGAUCCUGAUCAUAUUAACACAGACGCUAGAUUAAGUUUGAAGAAGGAAGAAAAACAUGAUGGUCUGGACUUUGAAACUACAAAUCCAUCGUUGGUAUACUCACUUAAGGCUGUCAUUAGUCAUUAUGGUACGCAUAACUAUGGACAUUACAUUAAUUACCGUAAACUCAGAGGUACUUGGUGGAGAAUAAGUGAUGAAUCAGUAUAUGUUGUAACAGAAGAUGAAGUUAUUAACAGUCAAGGUACUUUCAUGUUAUUUUAUGAGUAUAAUGAUGGUAGCGUAGAAGAGUUAGAACAAUUGACAGAUGAAGAGGAAGAAGAGGAAGAGGAAGAUGCAAGUGAAGAUGCAAGUGAAGGUAAAACUAAUAGCGAUGGUGAGGAUGAUGGGAAAUUCUUGAGUAGCUUGUCGAAGCAAUCUACAAGUAGUAAAGGAAGCGAAACUGAAGAAAUAUCUGAUAAGAAAGAAGAGGAUGAGAAUGAGGAUGAGGAUGAAGAAGAAGAGGAAGAAGAACAAGAAGAAGAAGAAGAAGAAGAAGAAGAAGAAGAAGAAGAAUUUAAUACUGAAGACAGUAGAGCAUUUCAUAUAUAG